AUGGACUCGGAUAGCGUACGAUUAACAGACUCAUCAAUUAAGAAAAGUGAGAAGACGGCAUCUGCAGGCACAAGUGCUGCGUCAAAAAUGCGCAUUUUGAAUUCAAAAAGAGGCCGUGUGCGAAUCAUGAAUGAGCUGAAACCUUUCCUUCCAUUAUUGCCGGAUAUAGCUGAUAUGGAAAUAAAAGAACAAAAACAUCUUUUUCAACAGCUCUAUUCCGCUGGAAUAGCUGCCUCAGCCUCGCUACAUAAGUGGUUAACAAUGAGUGCUGCCCAACAAUUUCCUCGAUACUGUGCCAAAUUUGGUGGUACAGCAUGUAUUGGUGGAAUGAAGGAUGAUUUGUGUAUUGAUAGUACACAAGUUGAAAAAGCCUACGAUAUUGCAACGACAAUUCAGAAUACGCAGUUAUCUCCGAGUCAGCAAAUUCCAUUCACCUCUGAAGAUGCUGAGGCAUUAAAAACCCUUUCUCGUUCGGGCAUACUGGACGAUGCUGUCGAAUCAUUACGACAGUUUCCUUCAUUGGAAGAAGACUUACUUGGUCUAAAAGAAGAUUUAGCAGCUGCGAGCCUUAUAACGCCUGAUAUUGCGGCUGCUGCUUUAUCUGCCUUUGCUGCCGCUACGUUACGACGCCCUCCUACACGAACAAUAGAAAGCUUAAUGGCAAGUUCUCAGGAUCCUGUAACUACUAAUGGAGGCCCCGAUUCUACGGAUGAUGAGUCGUUGGAGCUCAAUCUCAGCGAGGAUGAAUCGGAAGAUAAUGGCGACAUGCUGUUGAACCUUGCUGUCUCUGCUGGGUACUUAGAUCUGACUAAGGAACUAGUUGAAAUUCGAGGAAAUCCGAAUUAUGUUAGUAUAAAUAAUGAUCGUACACCGUUGAUGGAAGCUUGUUGCGCAGGACACAGUGAUAUCGUCAAGCAUUUACUUGAGCAUGGUGCUGACAUGAAUGCCAUGAGUGCAACCAAGAACACUCCACUGAUUUACGCAUCAGCUGCUGGAAAUGUAGAGUGUGCGAGCUUAUUACUGGAUUAUGGUUGUGAUAUCACAAUACGAAAUGAUAAUGGACACUGUGCUCUCAUGGAAGCGGCCAGUUCUGGUUAUCUGGACGUUGUUUCCCUUCUUGUUCAACAUGGAUUUCAAGUGUUGCCAUGUAAUCAAAAUGACUUGAAAGUUGGAUUGGAAUCAGCUUUGACCUUGGCAGCUUACAAAGGUCACUAUGAUGUAGUUCAGUACUUACUGGAAAAAGGCGCCAAUAAACAUAAGGAAGAGCUACACACCGCUCUUAUGGAAGCAUCAAUGGAUGGACACUACGAAGUAGCAAAAUUGCUUUUAGAUAAUGGUGCUCCAGUAAAUUUAGCAUCAGAUUCAUUUGAGAGCCCACUGACAUUAGCUGCUUGCGGAGGACAUCCUGAUUUGGUACGACUCUUAUUGGAAAGAGGUGCUAUCGUGGAAGAAGUAAAUGAUGAAGGUUAUACGCCUCUAAUGGAAGCAAGUCGAGAAGGACAUUUGGAAGUUGUUAGGUUGUUGAUCAAAUUCGGUGCAAAAGUCAAUAUACAAACUGAUGAAACUGGUGAGACUGCUUUGACACUCGCGGCUUGUGGUGGCUUCAAGGAUGUUGUUGAAUUGCUGGUGCGAAGUGAUGCGCAUUUGGAUAUCGGUGCAAAUACACCGUUAAUGGAAGCUGCUCAAGAGGGGCAUCUUGAUACAGUUAGAUUCAUCCUUAGUGAAAUGUGUUCACUUGGUUUGCCAAUCGAUGCUACAACAACAGCAAAUAGCAAUACGGCAUUAACUUAUGCUGCAGAAAACGGUCAUUUGGAUGUGUGUGCUGCUUUAAUUGAAUUUGGCGCCAAUAUUGAUCAUCAAGCAGAAAAUGGGCGUACAGCCUUAAUGAAAGCGGCGAAGAAUGGGAAUUACAGUGUAAUCCAAUUUCUCCUGAUGAGAGGAGCUAAGGUAAAUGAGGUCUCUACAGACAAUGAUGCCAGUGCAUUAUUCCUAGCAUGUGCUCAUGGCCAUUGGGAAAUUGUACGAUUAUUGUUGGAUCAUGGAGCUGAUCCAUCUCAUGUGUUUAAAGAUGGUGUGACAUGUAUGAUCGAAGCAUCACGAAAUGGACACACGCGAGUAGCAGAAACACUUCUGAAUUGGCAUGAUGCACCUAUUGUGACACGUACACCUCUUCUAGGAAAACCACCAGCGCUACAAAAUAGUCGUUUGAAAAAGGUUGCACGACGAACAGUGAACAAAAAGGCGACCACCAUCAUACAACCAAAAGUUGAAUGUGCUGAGAAAUCGAUGAAUAACAUGGCUGUCGAUAUAGAUGAUAAGAUGGGAUAUUCGGAUGGAACUGCAGUAUCAACAUCAACGACUGCAAUCACGACGGCAGGAAUGCAUUCUCAAUGUACGCAUGAUUCUCAGCUCUUAUCUGGGACGCAUAAUAUACCAACAAAUGCAAGCGUACCAGCUCAUUUGCUUGCACAUUAUAAUUAUCAAAAUGCGAUAAAUCCAGAUGAAUUGCGAGGUAUGAUUGCGGGAAUGGCUGCCAUGGCUGCGCAGUCUAAUGCGCUCCCUAAUGAUCAUUUGUUCGCGCAGAUAGCAGAAAAAGCAUUACGUGGUACAUUUGCAAACAGUGAGAUUACUGGCGGCUUAGCAGAUAAAAAGAUGCAUCAGCAGUUCAGUGAAUUACUGAAGCAGCAAUUCAGCAUAUUAGCAAAUAGACAGAAAGAUGCAUUGGCUGGUUUAGGCAGUGCAAACUCUCUGCCAGAUUCUGAGAAUGGUGGCAGCACAUCAUAUAGUCCUUCGGUGACUUCAUCACCAUCACCUCCAGUGAUCGCUUGUUGUGAAACCACUGCGGCUCACGCAGCUGUAGUACAUUCUCCCAAUCUAGCUGCCGAUACGAGGAGGAAGGGUAGUACAUCAAACGAAAGACAGAAAACCAUUGUUGGACGUGGAACACAACAGAAGAAAGGUGGUAAAAACAUUAUUUUGUCAGAUGGUGAACAAAGAGCUUGUCUGCCAUCAGCAUCUCUCAGAUUCCCAGCACCACCACCACCAGUCAUGAAUGCAAAUGUUCCACGUGAAAGUGUACCGUUAUCACCAUCGAAAGUUCAGCAUUCACUGAGACAGCAGUCACCUCCGUUGGCGAAACAACUCAUAUCAGAUCCAGCAAUUGGGCGACAACGUUCGAAGCCCGUUCGUGAAGCAACCGGUGAUGAGUCAUCAAUUGAUAGGAACACAUCAAGAAACCGAGGUAGAACACUGAGUGAAAGCGCAAUGCACGUUGGUGACGGACAACAUGAAAGAACAUAUGAUACAGAUAGCGAUGAAGAAAUAAGUAAAAGAAGUGAUCUUAAAAGUGGAGGUUCUCAGCCGUUUAAUGUAGAUAUGCAAACUGAAUCAAAUCAUGACACCGCUCUUACUCUAGCCGCCACAGGUGGGCAUGAUUCUCUCGUUGAACUCCUCAUUACUCGAGGUGCUAACAUUGAGCAUAAAGAUAAAAAGGGUUUUACGCCAAUUAUAUUAGCUGCAACAGGUGGUCAUGUAAACGUUGUUGAAAUACUACUAAAUCAUGGUGCUAAUAUUGAAGCUCAGUCUGAUCGUACGAAGGAUACCGCCCUAUCUCUCGCCUGUUCUGGUGGACGGAAAGAGGUUGUUGAAUUACUAUUAAAACGUGGUGCUAACAAAGAACAUCGUAAUGUGAGUGACUAUACGCCACUUUCAUUAGCUGCUUCUGGAGGUUAUGUUGAUAUCGUGAAUUUGCUUCUAAAUAAUGGUGCAGAAAUUAACUCCCGUACUGGCUCAAAGUUAGGCAUAUCACCGCUUAUGUUAGCAGCAAUGAAUGGACACGCUGCGGCAACAAAAAUAUUACUUGAACGUGGUUCGGAUAUAAAUUCGCAUAUUGAAACGAAUCGUAAUACUGCACUGACAUUGGCAUGUUUUCAAGGCCGUACCGAUGUGGUACGGUUAUUGCUUGAAUACAAUGCUAAUGUUGAACAUCGAGCAAAGACUGGACUUACACCACUAAUGGAAGCAGCAAAUGGAGGUUAUGUGGAUGUUGGAGAAUUAUUGUUAACUGCUGGAGCAGAUCCAAAUUCAUCACCAGUUCCUAGCAGUCGUGAUACCGCAUUGACCAUUGCAGCUGAUAAAGGACAUCAUAAAUUUGUUGAAAUGCUGAUUCAUGCUCGCGCCGUGAUUGAUGUCAGAAAUAAGAAAGGCUGUACAGCUUUAUGGUUAGCGUGUCAUGGAGGUCAUCUAGAAACCGUUCAAACACUAGUAAAGCAUGAGGCAGAUGUUGAUGUGCAGGACAAUCGCCACGUUUCGCCACUAAUUAUUGCUUUCCGAAGAGGACACAUAAAAGUAGUGAAGUACAUGGUACGACAUGUGCAACAGUUCCCAAGUGAUACGGAUUGUUAUCGUUUUAUCGCUACAAUUAACGAAAAGGAAUUACUUACGAGAUGCCACCUUUGUAUGGAUAUCAUUGUUGCAGCGAAAGAUCGACAAGCUGCUGAAGCUAAUCGUGCUGCAGAAUCUCUUCUGGAAAUUAUAGCGAAGGAGGAAGAGCUGGCUAAAUCUAAGAAACUUUCAAAGCAGCGACAAAACGAGAAGAAAAAGGCUAAGAGAAAAGCUAAGAAAAACCAAGCUGAUGGCAAUACUGAACGGAAAGAUUCGGAUCAUAAAGAAGAUGCAUCGAUCAAUAAUGGUGAGGAAUCAGCUGAUGAAGAAAAUGGAUCUGAAAAAACAAGCAGUGCUGCAACAGUCGACGAAAAUAAUACGCGGAAUCGUGAUUCGGAGCAUGAGUACUGUCCAACUGAUCCACCGCGUGUGCCUGCAUUAUUAUCAGACGAACACAGUGCCGACGAAACAGUUUUACUCCCCGAAUGUUCACCCACAAAGCGCGUGAUGGUAUCGAGUACUCCUGUUGCAGGAAAGCCGUCACGACACAGAGUGCGCAAAGAAAGUGGCAAAUCUGCUGCACCUGUGAAAUCGCCUCCUCAUAAAACGGGUAGUGGAAAUACUUCAGAUACUGAAUGGAUGAAAGCAACAUCAAGAAGGAGUGCGGGUAAAACAGUGAUGUCAGGAAAAAGUGCUGCUUCUGGCACUACCUCAAAGGAAGACAGUGCAAGUAAUACUGUGCCAUGGCGGCAUGUCGACUUGAGCCGUCGACGUUCCACUCGCUUGUCUGUAUCGUCAAACUCAAUAGCCCGUGUCAUUGGUCGUGCAGGAGGUAAUAUUAAUGCAAUUCGUGAAGCUACCGGAGCGUAUAUCGAAGUUGAGAAACAAACUGGAAAAAAAGAACAACAUGAUCGACAAAUAACAUUAAAGGGUUCCGAUGUUGCGUUAAGACAAGCUGUUGAUAUGAUACAUGGUUUAAUCGAUGAUAGUGAAUGUAACGUGGAAGAAGUGAUUCAGCGAGUAAGCAGUACCCAUAUUACCUCCAUUUCUCAAAGUGAGGAAAAUGCCAAUCGAAGUAGUUCAGCGUUAACAUUAUCUGGCACUACACCUACGAUGACAGUACCAUUUACACAGAAAAAGUCUUACGCCAUCGGUACUGCAGCAUCACAUACACCGCUAGAGAUGUCGAAUAAUGGAGCAGCAGGCAAGAAAACUGCUCCUUAUGUUGCUACAACAAAUGUAUGGGCACAGCGAGCUGCACAACGUCAAAGUCAGAAAGUAGUGAGCGCAAUUGGUUCUGAAAAGAAGCAGAAAAUGUCAUCUGGUGCUACAGAACAGGAGAAUUCGAAUCCUAACCAGACAGCACAGACACCUGGAACAGUAUAUUCUACUCCGGAGAUGCAGACUAUAGACACUGCUGAGGAUGGAAUGCAAAAACAUGGAGUAAAAGAAUUUUGUCGAGCUCCUGGACAUGCAAGGCCAACUUCUGCAUCUGCUUCAAGUCCUUCAGUAUCACCAAUUGGCUUGAAAUCCCCGAUUCAUGUCGGACCUAGUAGCACUAUGGUUACUCCUUCGACCGGCACGACUAUUCCAACUACUACAGUCACUGAUCCAAAGUCUAGAACGGAGUUAUUUGAAGCUGGGUCAAAAAUUGAAUUUCUCCAAAAUAUUCCAGCGAAUGCUCCACUGCCUUCUUCACCAGAUAUCGCUGAGGGAAGUUUGCAACCACUUCUUGGCACAGCUAAAUCGAAUUUAGAUGCACUGAAAACCAGCUCUAUCGACGAUAAACUGUUUUCGUCAUUGGAUUCUACUCAUCAAAGUAUUAUACCGUCUUCGAUUGCCAACAUUUGGGAUGAUAACAUUGUUGAUGACAAACCUUGGGCAGUUCCUGUGACUUUAGCACCAGUGCAAUUGGAAGAUUUUGCGAGAAAUAUCAAUGUUCAGCUACCGACUUCAACGAAACCUGCUGGUGAUUAUCCAGAUCCCAGUAGAACAGCUGAUCACAUGGUCGAUUUGGCUAAAAAUAUCGCCAGUUUGCGGACAUCCGAAAGUAGACCAGUCAAUACGACUGGUAACGAGGCUGCGACUGGACGUAUUUUCUUGGGUGAAAAUAUGCCGCCCUUCGAUUUGAAUGUUCCUUUUUCAAAUCGUGAUCCUGUUGAUUGGGGUAAUGCAGGACCUUUUCCAACAGAUACAUUUACACGUUGGAGAAAUGCCCAAUUAGAUUCAACACCAAUCACAGGAUCUGCUCAAGAAAUCGAUAGUUCUUCCUGGAUAGAUCAAGUAGCAGCCCGUCUAGCAUCUACUCGUCAGGAGCACCUACCGUUUCCAACGACUACUUAUGCAAUCUCGGGGAAUUCAGGGCAUCUUACGAGUUCUUUUGGAAGCGAUGUAGCAAACGUUAAUCUCGGUCAUCAGCAGUCGACCCAGGCAUGGAAUCGCAUGCACUUUCAGCAGGCUGCACAAGCCGCUAGUAAUGAAUACGAAAAUCUGACAAAUCUUCUCAGUUCAUAUCGACCAACAGUUAGUUCACAGCACCAACCGGUACCUUCGCAGCAGCAACAACCACCUCAACCAGUUGUGCCAAUGGGAAAUAUUAAUUACAGUGCUGCACCUGCAGCUGUUGGGCCGGCUGGUUUUCGGAUACCUGUACCACGUUCCCAGAUUGCAAAUACAUCAGUUCCACCACCACCCUUCUUUAAUUCUCAAAUUCCGCCACCAUCUUCUAUGUCGCACCGCGGUGGGAUAUCAGUUACUCAGUCUUCACCGAAUGCGGCAUGGUCAUCAGUUCACUUUGGUGGUCAAGUACAGACAACUGUUACUGAAAAUAUACAAUUUCCACAAUAUCCGAGUGCUGCACGUGGGAAUUGGGGUUACAACUGGUAA